CGCUUCGACCAGAAAAUUUGUGCCUGUCUUCACCUAACAGUUCCGAGGCAGAGCCAACCGUUCUAUCAGUCAACCAAGUGUGAGGUUCAUCUCCAUCUCCCGUGCUUCGGCGACGCCAUCAAAGCCCUCAACUUGAUCGUUCUUCGAGCAAAAUCUUUGUCGCCUGAUCGGAGAAUCGAAGUCCUGAGAAUGGAGAUGAUGCAGCUGGUGAAGCUCUGGGCGUUGACCCUCUGCCUGGUGGUGGUGCUGCCUCUGGCUCAGGCCACGGAUGUCAGCUACUGCGAUAAAAAGACGGAGUAUGGGGUCAAAGUCUCAGGUGUCGAGAUAACGCCCUAUCCCGUUGCAAGAGGGCAGCCUGCUACUUUUAGCAUUGCUGCGACGACAGGCGAACCAAUCACUGGGGGCAAACUGGUGAUCGAAGUCUCAUACUUUGGAUGGCACAUUCACAGCGAGACUCAUGACCUCUGCACAGAGACAUCUUGCCCAGUAUCAGAAGGGGACUUUGUGGUUUCUCACUCACAAGUCCUUCCAGGGUUCACUCCACCUGGUUCAUACUCUCUUAAGAUGAAGAUGUACAAUACAAGCAACAAAGAGUUGACAUGCAUUGGCUUCGAUUUCAGCAUCGGGUUCGCAGCUUCUGUUUCCGAGAGUUGAGUAUCUGCAUCUGCAUCACAUCCCACCAAGUAAUAGUAUGUAAAAAGCAUCCCUGUUGCCUUCAGUUUACUUUCUAAUAUGAACUCAGUAAUCACAACUCGAGCAUCUGGAGAUGCUGAUCAAUGUUAUGAGUAUGGCCUAGUAUUGCAGUAUAUCACCUUGUUAUAUGCACCGGUUUAUGCA